AUGUCUUUCAAAGGAAAGUGCUUCUCUGUAGAAGAAGAAAUGAAAAUUAUUCGUCGCUUGGAAGCCGGAGAGCCCAACGUUACUGUGGCAAAAGAAUUCUGCGUGUGCCACACAACAAUUGCCACAAUAAAAAAAAAUAAAGAAAAAAUUAAAAUUUUAUUUGAUAAUAAUGUCUUUAAGCCAAAACGUAUAAGAGCGUCAACUCAAGAGCAAGUCGAUAAAGCAUUGUUACAGUGGUUCAUAAUGCAACGCAGGAAAAAGCUAAUUUUUUCGCUAAACAAUUGUUCUGCUAGUUGGAUAAGCCGCUUUAAGGUCAGGAAUAAUAUCGUCGCCGGUGAAGUCAUUGGAGAAUCUUUGUCUGUAGAAAAAAUCAAUGCAAGCGAGUGGCUUACAAAGAUUUGGCCAACACAACGUAAGGAUUUCAAUGAUGAGGAAAUUUUUAAUGCCGACGAAACUGGACUGUUCUACAAAUUAACUCCAGACAAAACAUUAAAAUUUAAAGUGCCGGAUAAUCUCAGUGAUGCAGUCUGUUUGAUAAGUGAGCACUCGGCUCCAGAGUCGAAGUAA